AUGACAGCGAAUCUUUCAUCAAGGGUGCCCCCUUUCCUCUGGACUGUUUUCUAUUUUACCUGUUUCUUCGGAUUCACACAGGCAAGUUCAGAAGAUGUGGACGUUCUUCAAAGACUGGGCCUGGUGGGGCCGAAACCAUCAGGCGCGGGAUCAUCUUCACGCCGCAUUCCUCAGGGUGUCAUCCCAUUCAAGUCAGGGGUCAUCUUCACCCAAAGAGCACGUGUUGAAGUGCCUGUUGGCGGAAUUAUUCCCAGCACCUUUGGCACGGACUUGGCUCUAGUGCUGAGCUUGUGCUCUCACCGAGUCAACAGCGCUUUUUUGUUCACCGUCAAGAGCAGGAAGAAGAAACUACAGCUGGGCGUGCAGUUCAUUCCAGGGAAGAUCUUCGUUUAUGUAGGCCACAAGCACUCCGUACAUUUUGAUUACAAUGUCCACGAUGGCCAGUGGCACAAUCUGGCCAUUGACAUCCGAGGCCAGGUGGUCACUCUGUUUACCUCUUGUGGGAAGCAAAAAGUACACGCGGAUUUGCAUUUUAAAAAAGACGAAGCAUUGGACCCGGAAGGGUCUUUCCUUUUAGGCAAACUCAAUCAACAUUCAGUACAGUUUGAAGGCGCCCUUUGCCAGUUUGAUAUUUAUCCUUCCGCCAAGGCAGCUCAUAAUUACUGUAAGUACCUGAAAAAGCAAUGCAGGCAAGCGGAUACUUACCGGCCGAUUCUUCCACCUCUUGUCCCGCUUCUGCCCAAAGACUUAAGAACUUCUGAAAGGACUCCACCACAAACAGACCUUUUCCUUCUGGGCCUGAAGAAACUGACCACUGUGAUUCCCCCGUUAUCACUCUUUAGGGCCACCACCCCUCAGAGGAGAUUGGUUGCAGCAUCCACCCCCAUUGUACCAUCUAAACCACCAAUCCUGCCAUUAACCACCAAAGCUGCAAAGAGUAUUGUGGCCUCAUCUCCCGUCCUGCCAAACACUGAAGUUCAGCUACCUGCCCAAACCCUACAUUGGACUACCACAGUAGGUCUUCAGGCUUUCACAGUAGCUCAUCGGACUACCACUGUAGCCCUCAAAGCAUCUCGCGCAACUUCCAGUGUGAGCUCAGAGAAGCCUCGUUUGCCCACCACCAAAAAUGUUCCUUCUGCCUUCCCCAGCUCAACUACAGGUUCCACUGCAGUCAUCGACAAGAAGGAGUUGGAGAGGAAGACCAAAAAGAUGAUCAACCAAAGCCACACCAUCAAGCCCUUUCAGAUGGCUAGCACCGCAAAGCCAGUGAUGAAGAAGGCUGAAAACUCAUCCAGGAGUCUCCUUCCAGUGACCAUAAAACCCAAGCUGGAGAACACAACCAAGGAUCCUAUACCAAAGAAGUUAUUGUCUUUGCCAGCACUGAAAAAACCAGAUUCUACCAUUGUUGCUGUUCCAUAUACCAAGCCAACUUUUGGAGCUUAUCCUGUUAUCGGAAUGAAUGUACAAAGCUUCAACUUAACAACUCUGGCUGCCACAGACGGGUAUCAGUUGUUUGAUCCCAUUGGGCCUACUCUCUUUCCAUUUGUUAUGGGGCUUCCAGGACCUAAAGGUGACCAAGGUCCUCUGGGUCCCGCAGGUUUGCCUGGGUUACCUGGACCACCUGGCAAGAGAGGCCCACGGGGACCUCCUGGCCCUCAUGGAAAUCCUGGACGCCCUGGUCUAUCUGGCCUUAAGGGCCAAAAAGGAGAUCCUGGAUUGUCCCCUGGAAAAGCACGGAAUGGUCCUAAGGGAGAUGUUGGAUUACCUGGACUGACUGGUCUUCCUGGACCACCUGGCAGAAAGGGGCAGAAAGGCUACCCAGGCCCACCAGGUCAUCCUGGAGACCAGGGUGAACGAGGACCCGAUGGGAACCCAGGUGCCAAAGGUUAUCCUGGCAGGCAGGGUUUACCUGGACCUAUAGGAGAGCCUGGUCCAAAAGGCAGUCGGGGGUACAUCGGCCCACCGGGACUCUUUGGGUUGCCAGGUGCUGAUGGAGAACGAGGGAUCCCCGGAAUUCCUGGGAAGAGGGGCAAGAUGGGUAGGCCGGGCUUCCCUGGUGAUUUUGGGGAACGAGGACCACCAGGCAUCGAUGGCAACCCAGGAGACGUGGGAGCUCCGGGCCCUCCUGGAGUUCAUGGACUCAUUGGUGAUAUGGGUGCUGUUGGACCAAUAGGCUUUCCAGGACCAAAAGGAUUAAAGGGGCUGAUGGGAAAUCCCGGAGAGCAUGGACUGAAAGGUGAUAAGGGUGAUCAGGGAGUGCCUGGUGUUCCAGGAGAUGUCGGAUUCCAAGGCGAUAAGGGUAGUCAAGGUUUGCCGGUGUCAGGUGCCCGAGGAAAGCCAGGCCCUCUGGGGAAGGUUGGCGACAAAGGUCCAGAUGGAAUUCCAGGAUCACCUGGGCCUGAGGGCUUCCCAGGCGACAUUGGCCCACCAGGACAAAAUGGACCUGAAGGCAUUAAGGGGAAGCCUGGAGCACGGGGAUUACCUGGCCCUCGGGGACAAGUUGGCCAAGAGGGUGAUGAAGGACCUGUAGGACCACCUGGAAUUCCAGGGCUGGAGGGUCCUCUUGGCAGGAAGGGCUUUCCAGGAAAACCAGGUCCUGAUGGCAUGAAGGGUGAACCAGGGAAUCCAGGCCGGCCAGGAAAAAUUGGUGAUCAGGGUCUGAUGGGCUUCAUUGGUCCAGUAGGGGAACCUGGAAUAGUUGGGGAAAAGGGAGAUCGGGGUACCGCUGGACCGCCAGGACCGCCAGGCGUCAAGGGGUCGAUGGGGCAUCCUGGGAUACCUGGAGGAAUUGGGCCCCCUGGACCUCCUGGUCUGCCAGGUCCUUCUGGAGUUCGUGGUUCUCAAGGCGUGCGAGGCCCAAAAGGUCGUCGGGGGGCUCGAGGCCCGGAUGGCCCAGUUGGUGAGCUGGGGUCCCGAGGUGCCAAGGGCCAAACAGGGCACCCGGGCAAGCCAGGACCAGAUGGGCAGCAGGGGCCACAGGGAGCUCGAGGUCCAGCUGGGCCCCUGGGAGAAAUUGGACAUAAGGGACCUCCUGGCUCUGCAGGACAACGUGGCCUUCCAGGUGAACCAGGCAUGAAGGGUGAUAUUGGACCACUUGGGGUCCCAGGAGAACAAGGCCUCAUUGGUCAAAGGGGGGAGCCAGGCCUGGAAGGUGACAGCGGCCCGCUUGGACCAGAUGGACUUAAGGGAGACAAAGGAGAACCAGGAGCAGAAGGGGAAAAAGGAGAGAAGGGCCAAGAAGGCAUAAAAGGAAAAGAAGGCCCUCCCGGAUAUCCCGGAGUCUCAGGUGUCCGAGGACCAGAAGGCAAACCAGGCCGGCAAGGGGAAAAGGGCAAAACUGGCCCAAAGGGCAGCAAAGGCAGUCAGGGACAACUUGGAGAAACCGGCCCACCUGGGGAGAUGGGACCAGUGGGGACUCAAGGCCCGAAAGGAUCCAGAGGUACCCUGGGAGCUAUGGGUGCCCCAGGCAGAAUGGGUGUCCAAGGGGAGCCGGGCUUAAAGGGUUAUCAGGGACACGGAGGCUCACCUGGGCCAAUUGGACCACCUGGACCAAAAGGCGAAAAGGGAGAACAAGGCGAUGAUGGGAAGACCGAGGGGCCUCCUGGUCCACCUGGAGACAGAGGUCCAUCUGGUGACAGAGGUGAUCGUGGGGAGCCGGGAGACCCUGGUUAUCCUGGUCAAGAAGGCCUGGAUGGAGAGAGAGGAAAACCUGGACAGCAAGGGUUACCUGGACAUGCGGGACCACCAGGCCGACCAGGGCCAAAAGGAUCCAAAGGCCAGCAGGGUCAGAAAGGAAAGCCAGGGCUACGGGGCACCCCAGGCAGCAGAGGCUCACCGGGUCUCAUUGGGUUACCAGGUCCUCGAGGAGUGGUUGGAAGGCAAGGUCAAGAGGGUCCUUCUGGAGUCGAUGGAAUUCCUGGAAGAGAUGGUGGUGCUGGACUAAAGGGAGAACAAGGCGAUGAUGGGGAAGAAGGCACGCCAGGAAUGUCUGGGAAGAGAGGGACUCCGGGUGUGCUUGGUCUCCCGGGAGCUCAGGGCCCCCCAGGAUUCAAGGGAGAAAGUGGGUUACCUGGGCAGGCCGGCCUGUUGGGGAAGCGAGGGCCGCCAGGUGGGAUGGGGCUCCCUGGAACCCCUGGGGAUCCUGGACCGAAGGGGCAGCCGGGAGACUUGGGUGAAUCAGGAUUUCCAGGGAUUGCUGGACUGUUUGGGCCAAAGGGACCCCCCGGAGAUGUCGGGUUCAAGGGAAUUCAAGGCCCGAAAGGUCCACAAGGACUCAUGGGGAAGGAAGGCCUUAUUGGACCACUUGGAAUCCUGGGUCCAACAGGAAGCCCUGGCCCCAAAGGAGACAAAGGCAGUCGUGGCGAAAUGGGAUUGCAAGGGCCAAAGGGUCCCCCAGGUCCUCGAGGGCCCCCUGGACCUCCGGGUCUGCCUGGAAUCCCAACUACAUUUCAACAAGAUAGCUUUGGUGCAGCAUUCCAAGCAGCGAUGAACAUCGACUCUGCGUUCAAGACUGAGGGCUAUCAAUAUCCAGACCUUCCAGUGCUGGACCAAGGAGGGGAGAUCUUUAAGACUCUGCACUACCUCAGCACCCUCAUCCAGAGCAUCAAGAGACCCCUUGGAACAAAGGACAACCCUGCCCGCAUCUGUAGAGACCUCAUGAACUGUGAACAGAAGAUGCAAGAUGGCCCGUACUGGAUCGAUCCAAAUCUUGGCUGUUCCUCAGAUAGCAUUCAGGUCAUCUGUAACUUCACCCAAGGGGGACAGACCUGCGUCAGCCCCAUCACUGCCUCAAAGCUGGAUUUUGACAUCGGAAGAGUGCAAAUGAAUUUCCUUCACCUCCUGAGCUCUGAAGUUGUUCAGAACAUCACCUUCCACUGCCUCAACACUCCUGUCUGGCAGGAAGAACCCUCGGAGGAAGGGGUGCGCUUCAAGGCCUGGAACGGGCAGAUGUUCGAAGCGGGAGGGCAGCUGAGACCAGAAGUGGUGGCAAACAAUUGCCAGAUUCAAGACGGACAGUGGCAUCAGACUCUUUUUCUAUUCCGGACACAAGACCUCCAUCAGCUACCGAUCACAAAUAUCUACAACCUUCCACCAUCCGAGCCAGGGAAACAGUAUCUCCUUGAAGUCGGGCCCGUGUGUUUCCUCUAAAUGGCGGCUUCCGCAGCGCUUCAGACUUUGGACUUCUUUCGUUUUGGGGGUGCUGCAUCUUUGAGCAGGGCUCAUUCCCCCCCCCCCCCCCAAAAAAAAACCCCUCUACAAGACGGAGUCCUGGGCCUUCAGAGCUCGGACCACGAGGCUCUAAAAAUUGCAACGAGGCCUCAGCCCGCCAGACUCUUGUUUUCCAACAUGGAGAGGAAAGAGCCGCGGCUGCGAGAGACACGGGAUUCAAUCGAUGGCGCUUUCGGAAGCUGGAAAGGAGGCUGAAAAAGUCUUACACCCAGCCUUUUUUUAUUUGUCCCCCUCAGCCAAAGAAACACGAGACGAGAUCGUUCCGAGAAAAAAAACGGAACAGCCUUCACGUUACCAAAUGUGGCUUUCCAGGACCGUGACUUGAACAAGCGGGGCUUUGCUGAACUGCUCAGCAGGGAGGGCUUUGCAGAACGAGUCAGGAAGGAGACACGGAAAAGAUGGAUUUGCAAACUGUUUUCAGCUGCUUGUUGUUCUGGAACAGGAAGCAUUUUGAUGUGCAAUAUUAUAGAAAGAGAGAGAGAGAGAGAGAAAAUAUAUUUUAUUUAAGGCAAAAAAAAAAUUAAAAAUGAAACCAAGUGAGACCCUUCUGCCAUUCGGGAGAGAAGACGUCCCUUUUCACCUGGGUGAGAAGAGGGGGGGGGGCCCAAAGCAGGACAGAGGUUAGGAGGAUUGGUGCUAAAAAAAAAAAAAGAAGAGAGAGGGGGGAUGGGCUUGAUUAAUUUGAUUCUACCUCUCACUGUGAAAUACCUGGUGCUCGUUUAUUUUUUAAGAGAAAAAAAAAUGUGUUAUUUUAUAUAUGACAAAACUAUUUAAGGUUCUAAGAGGUGCUACGACGUCUCUUCAUCACAGACCCACCGAACCAUCCAUUUGGGCCCGUUCUCCUUAGAAAUGAUACCAAAGGGGAUGGGGAGGGUGUGUGUGUUGAGACUGUCAGCAGAAACAACUACAGAUUGACUUUUAACUUAACGUGCCUAUGAGGUUUUAUAUUUUCCUUUGGAAUCCAGGUUUCGUAACGGUCCUUCGUCAUGGGUGCUUUAACAUGACGUGUACCUAAGGAAAUGGUUUUUUUUUAAAGCCAACGUUGAGCUUAUAAAAACACAUUUCUCCGCUUUUAUAUAUAGAUGUGUGUGUGUUGUCCAUGCGUGCGUGUGUUUGUAUUCGUGCAACUUAUCCACCAAAACAUGACACUGCAAGAGAACCAAGGCAAGAGAGAGGGGCGGGAAUAACGUUGAUUUGCGUUAGUUUUUGCUCUUUCAGGAGAUUGGCGAGAUUUCUGUGUUGACUCUUGGCAUAUUGUCCAUGCCAGUUCAUCUCUUGACAGCCGUUCCUGGCUUUGAACACCCACGUCUGUGUUUUAAACGACAGGAAUAAAAGAUGACCCGUUUAUUUGGGUCGGUCUGUCAGGGCUGACAUUCAAGGUUCUCUUUUUCACCACCCGGGUCUUGCGAGUCUUAUCUGUUUUUUUCUUUCCCAGUUUUUGUUCAGUUUUGUAGAAAUCUAGACUCUGUAUGUAAAUUUGGAGUUUAAAAAGGAAAAAAAAGAGGAGAUUAAUAUUAUGGUAAUCGUUUUAUUCUAUAUAAGGAAUGUAAUAUUAAUGUAACCGGGGACCGUACUGUAUUUUGAACGCUUUUGGUGCCUGUUUGGAAUUUCUGUGUUUCGUAAAAUACAUGUGAGUCUUAA